AUGCGUUUGUCUCUACUACUCUUAGCCGUUUUUCUUGUUUCGGCCGUGGCUGCCAAGAAACCAAAGACCAUCAAAGAGUAGGGAUGUUACUGCAGCUACUAAGGUUUAAUUUAGAAGAGCCAAGAGAGAUGUCUCCAAAGUGGCCAAGGCAGUAGAAGACAAAUCAAAGGAAAUCCAACAGAAACUACAGCCAGAUGAACCUGAAGAUGAACUCGCCGAACACAAACCUUAUGAAGAACUUGUUCAUCAAGAAGACGAAGUUAAUGGACAUCAAAGAAGAAUCGUUAAGCCAAAAAGUUUGAAGGUUCUCAGCGCUUAUGAACAAUGUAAAUUGGAAUGUAAAAGACAAAGAGACCAGGAAAAUGCUCAAGAGGUGGGUUAUUAUAACUUGAAUUAAUACAGUAAUUAAAAUCCACAAAGAAUACUAAGAUUUAAGUAUGUGGAGAGACUACGUGAUGAGCUGAAGCAAGCAGAAGAACUUAUCGCCAACCAAAAGACGCAGGAAGCCGAAAACAUCUGA